UGAGAACACGCGGAUGCAGACCAGGAUAAGCAAUUCAUCAAGGAAGGUCUCAGUUUUAGAAACCAGUGUCACCCUUAGUAUUAGGGAGACACAACACAUCAGUUUCUUCCGGAGCCUUCCGCUUCUUUGUGUGUGUUUUCACAUUGUGCUGAGUUUGCGCGUCGGUGCCCUUGCGUGACAGGCAACCACCUCCCACUAAGUACUCCUGUUGCCUGAAAACACCAAUGGCACCGGAAUCAUAGUUGCAAUAUCUUAUUUUUUCGAUCUGCAACUUCUAUACGUCUGAACCUAGCCACGAUGUCGGAUGCGGAGACGCCUAUCACUCCAGCGGAGUCGGGGGAACCGAUUUCGCGCCAGGAUUCUACGCAAGCUUCGUCGCCAGGGGCAGCCAUCACGCCGGACCCGGACAUGAAGCCAAAAUUGGAACCGCAUCAAGAAGGGGACGGGGGUGCUAAUGGAGGUGAUAAAAUGGACAUCGACGAGGAAGAUACAGAGGGAAUGGAUAACAAAGCCAAAGCGUUGACGAAUUUGCUCAAGACGAGUUCUGUAUUCGUUGCGAUCAUGGCGGAAAAGAUGAAGGAACAGCAAAAGAGGCAACAGGAGGAAGCCAGAAGAGAGGCGGAAAAGAAGAAGGCGGAAAUGGAGAAGGAAAAUAAAGCUCCUGCGGGGGAUUCCAGAAGACGAAGUACUCGCGGGAGUGAGAAGCAAGCUACAUUGAAGCAAGAGGAAGAACCAGCCGACGUUGGGAAAGGAAGCAAAGGGAAGAGAGGACGACCGAAAAAGGCCGGCGGUGCAAACACUAUCGCAGAUUACUUCCAAAAGGCAGACGUGAACGUAACAGAAGAUAACCCAACUGUUCAGGAAGCGUUGGAGCAAGUGGCGGACGAGUACGAGGCCAAGCCCACGGCCCUCGGAGAGCAAGAGCUUGUUGCUACACAGCAACCAGAAUUGGUCACUGGUGGAAAGAUGCGGAAGUACCAACUAGAGGGCUUGGAAUGGUUGAAGUCGCUUUGGAUGAACGGGCUAUGUGGCAUUCUCGCAGAUGAGAUGGGUCUUGGGAAGACCGUCCAGGCCAUCUCUAUGAUAGCAUUCUUCAAAGAAAAGAACAUUUCAGGACCGUUUCUAAUAGCGGCACCCCUGAGUACCGUGAGUAACUGGGUCGAUGAAUUCCAGAGAUGGACACCGAGCAUCAAGACCGUUUUAUAUCACGGUACAAAGGACGAACGCGCUGCUAUUCGGAAGAAACAUAUGAGAAUGCAGGAUCAGAAGAAGAUGGAUUUCCCAGUCGUGUGCACCUCGUACGAGAUUUGCAUGAACGAUAGGAAAUUCCUCGCGCAGUAUCAGUGGCGAUAUAUCAUUGUGGAUGAGGGGCACCGAUUGAAGAACAUGAAUUGUCGACUGAUCAAAGAGUUGCUAUCCUACAACUCUGCGAACAGGCUUCUUAUAACAGGCACUCCAUUGCAAAAUAAUAUCUCUGAAUUGUGGUCAUUGUUGCAUUUCCUCCUUCCUGAAAUCUUCAAUGAUCUGAACAGUUUUGAGAGUUGGUUUGAUUUCUCGUCUGUCCUCGACAGGAGCGGUCAAAAAGACGUUGUCGAACGUCGCAAGCGCAAUUUGGUGUCAACGAUGCACGCUAUCUUGAAGCCCUUCCUUUUGAGACGAGUCAAGACAGAUGUCGAGACGUCCCUUCCCAAGAAGCGAGAAUAUAUCCUUUACGCACCACUAACCCAGGAGCAGAAAGAGCUCUACCGUGAAAUCCUCAAUGGUACUGGUCGUCAGUACCUCGAGGACAAAGCUGCAGAAAGAAUCGAAGCCAGAAUCGGAAAGGGAAGGGUGUCACGCUCAGAAAGCCUAAAAAGAAAAGCGGGUGACGAGAGUGAAUCUACAACUCCUAGCAAAAGUCUCAAAUCCAGCCGGUCUUCUACUCCAGCCAGUACUGCAAGCUCGACCCGAAGGUCCCGUGCUCGCAAGAACUACAAAGAUAUUACAGACCGAGAGUUCAAUUCCCGAUUGCGAAAAAUGGAGAACGGUAUUGAAGUUGAGGAAGAAGAAGAGCAGGCCCCCAGCGAGACCGAAUUGGAAGAGAUUGAGAGAGCAAAGACGAUCAAGCUUGCUAAAAAGGAAAUAGCAAACAAGAAACUCCAGAAUCCUGUUAUGCAGAGUCGGCUAGCAUGCAACUCUCCACACAACUUCUACUGGCCAUGGGGCGAGGAUUCGUCCACUGUCGACGAGACCUUGGUAACUGCAUCCGGCAAAAUGCUCCUUCUGGACCGUCUUGUCCCCUGUCUCAUGUCCAAGGGCCACAAGAUUCUCAUCUUCUCUCAAUUUAAGACUCAACUCGAUCUUCUUCAAGACUGGGCCACACAGCUACGCUCAUGGAAAUGCUGUCGUAUCGACGGUGCAGUCAGCCAAGCCGACCGUCAGGCCCAGAUCAAAGCUUUCAAUACAGACCGCAACUACAAGAUCUUUUUGCUCAGCACCCGUGCUGGUGGUCAAGGCAUCAAUCUUACCGCGGCAGACACCGUCAUUCUCUUCGACUCGGACUGGAACCCUCAACAGGACCUUCAGGCGCAAGACCGGGCCCACCGCAUCGGCCAGACAAAGCCCGUGAUUGUGUAUCGUCUCGCAACAAAGGGUACAGUCGAGCAGACCCUCCUGGAGAAGGCGGACUCGAAACGUCGUCUUGAACGUCUAGUCAUUCAAAAAGGCAAGUUCAAGAGUCUUCUCGACCCUAGUAACAGCACCGCCCAGAACGACAUCGAGGACCUGAGAAAGGCCCUUGGCGAAGACGACUUUGAGCGAUUCGACGUGGGCAGCAACCCCGAGGCUAUUCUAUCGCAGAAGGAUCUGGAUAUCCUCACUGACCGGAGCGAAGAAGCAUAUGCUCGCGCUGAGAAGGGUCUGGACAAAGAAGGUACGGCCUUCCGUGCCGUCGAGACCAAGCCAGGCGGGGAAUCCCUUAUGGCUGAACUUGCUGGGAAAUAAAUACUGGAACGGAGUACUGACUUGGAGUCGGUGGAUUUGCUUUACUUAUCGGAUAAUUAAUACCACUGCUAGAUCAUUGCUGAGUCUUCUUGAUUUUAAAGUCUGCAUAGACAUCUGAC